AUGGCCUCGUCAGAAACAUCAAAAGAAUGGUCCCUGCAAAACCCACCUCCCCUUCCUCCAGGCUACGAAAAACAUCACAUCGUAUUCCUCGAAUGCAUUCAUAUGCCCUUGGCUCCUCUACCUUUUCCACACACAAUGGAUUCGUACCCACGCACCCUUCCCCAUCAAGUCGCAGAACGUAUUAAAACCUCAACGAUCGCUAUAUCGAACGUCGUUCCGGUUCUGCCCUCUGAUAUGGAGAAUGCCCCGCAUUUACAAUUGCUAGCGAUUUUAGCGACAGGAAUGGGAUGGUGCGAUAAGGAGUAUUGUGCCAAACGAGGAAUCAGUGUUGUCAAUGGUCCUGGAGCGAAUAUCGAUGCCGUGUCUGAGCAUUUUUUGGCGUUGUACUUUGCUAGUAGAAGGAAGGUCAGGGAGAUUGAUCACUCCGUAAAAACCAGCGAUGAGUGGUUGAGGACUAGUACUUUGACGAAGAAAAUUUGGCCGGGUGGACCGCCUUUGGGAUGUAAGCAGGAAGUUUUGGGGAUUGUGGGAUAUGGAGCUUUGGGACAGAGGAUCGAGGGGUUGUGUAGAGGGUUGGGGUUUGGAGAGAUUCUUAUCGCGGAGAGGAAAGGUGCUAAGGAGAUCAGGAAGGGGAGGACCGAAUUGGACGAGGUUUUGAAACGGGCGAGUACUAUUUGUGUGGUUUGUCCGAAAGAUAAGGAGACCGAGAAUUUGAUUGGAGAGGAGGAGCUACAGGGGAUGAGGAAGGAGGCGUUGGUGAUUAAUAUGGCCAGAGGAGGAAUUGUGAAUGAGGCGGCUCUGGUGAAGGCUUUGAGGGAAGGGUGGAUCUCCGGAGCGGCGACGGAUGUUUUGGAGACUGAACCUGGUGGACCGGGAAGCUCUCCACUGUUGCCGGCAGAGGGCGAGGCUGAGGUGCCGAACCUGAUCGUUACAAGCCAUAUUGCGUGGUUCUCUGGAGGGACGAUUGAGAAUUUACAGGGCAUUAACCGGGAUGCUAUGGCGGCUUUUGUUGAGGGGRGGAUGUAUGAUCCGGCGGUGAAGAAGUGCGUAGCUGUGCAUGAUGGGAAGAUCUGGAAGUGA